AUGGCACCUAGUCGUCGUAUGCAGAAACAGGGUGUUCCCGAACCCCUGAACGAAUCACUGGUCUCGAGAAAGAGAAAGGACGCCCCUCCGCCGCCCGAGGCAACACACAAGAAACGCAGAACCGACAAGACCAAGAAUUCAGCAGGAAAGAAGUCGACCAAGGGCCAAUUUGCAACAAACGGAAAGACACCAAAGACAGCCGGGAAGAAGGUUCAACAGUUGGUUGAGUCCGACGAUGAAGACAUCGAAGACGAUUCGGAUGCCGUUGACGAUUUGGGUGUCCUCGAGUCGGACGAUGAACCUGCUGAGGACGACGAUUUCAUGGACUCAGAUGAUCCGGAUGUGCAGCGCGCCAUGUGGUCAGAGGACGAAGAUGCUUCGGACGCUGAAGAGAUUUUGAAUGCUGCCAACAUUGCUGGUCUUUCAGGUCGCCUCGACGAAGAAGCCGCCCAGGAAGCCGCUGAUGCACAAGCCGAACUCGAGGACGAUGCCAUGCAGACCAACAUUGCUGCCGCCGAUAUUCCCGAAGACGAAGACGACGACGAGGCCGCCCAACGAAAAGCCACUCUUGCUCCCGAUCUCCAGCUGCUCCGUACCCGUAUCACUGAGACCACUCGUGUCCUGACCAGUUUCAAGGAGCUCUCCGACCCUUCGCGCUCGCGUGCCGACUACAUCAACUCGCUCAUGAACGACAUUUGCGCUUACUACGGAUACUCGCGCUUCUUGGCCGAGAAGCUGUGGAGACUUUUCACUCCUCAGGAGGCUCUCGCCUUCUUCGACGCCAACGAGACCCCUCGUCCUCUGGUUAUUAGAACAAACACUCUCCGCACUCACCGUCGUGACCUCGCUCACUCUUUGAUCAACCGUGGUGUUACUCUCGAGCCUGUUGGAAAGUGGAGCAAGGUUGGUCUGCAGGUUUUCGAAUCUCAGGUCCCCUUGGGUGCCACUCCUGAAUAUCUUGCUGGACACUACAUUCUCCAAGCCGCCAGUUCCUUCUUGCCUGUCAUGGCUUUGGCACCCCAAGAGAACGAGCGUGUUUUGGAUAUGGCUGCCGCUCCCGGUGGUAAAACAACAUACGCUGCUGCUUUGAUGCGCAACACUGGUGUCAUCUUCGCAAACGAUGCCAGUAAGGUCCGUGCCAAGGGUCUGAUCGGUAACAUCCACCGUCUCGGUGUCAAGAACACCAUUAUAUGCCACUACUCUGCUCUUGAGUUUCCCAAGGUCAUGGGUGGCUUUGACAGAGUCCUUCUUGAUGCCCCUUGCUCUGGUACCGGUGUUAUUGCUAAGGAUCAAAGUGUCAAGACCAACAAGACCGAAGCCGACUUCCUGCGCCUGCCCCAUCUUCAGAAGCAGCUUUUGCUCGCCGCUAUCGACUCAGUAGACCACGCUUCAAAGACUGGAGGUUACAUUGUGUACUCGACAUGUAGUGUUACAGUCGAGGAGAACGAGCAAGUUGUUCAGUAUGCCCUGAACAGACGUCCCAACGUCAAACUUGUCAGCACCGGCCUUGUGUUCGGUAAGGAGGGCUUCACCAGCUUCAUGGGCAAGAAGUUCCACCCCAGCUUGAAGGAGACCAGAAGAUACUACCCCCACGCCUACAACGUCGACGGUUUCUACGUCGCCAAAUUCAAGAAGGUUGGCCCCACACCUGCAAACGCUAUCAAGGCACAAGGCCAGGAAGACAACAAGCAAAACAUCAAGAAGGACGAAGACGAAGAGAUUAUCGACAGAACGCCCAUCAGCGAGGAAGCUGAGAACGAUGUAUUUGGUGGCUUCUCAGACUCUGAGGAUGAGGCUAUCAUCCAACGUGCCCGCGCCAAGCAGCUCAAGAAGAAGGGUAUUGACCCCAAAGCUACAAAGGCGACCAAGAAGCCCAAGGAGAAGNNGGAAGUCACAUCUGAGGAACCAAACGCCGAGGACCAAAUAGAAGAGAAGGCCGUGAAGUCACCGUCGGGCACAAAGAGCCCCAAGGUAGCCGAGAAGCCAGUCAAGAACGGUGUCAGUGAGGUUGGUGGACAUGCUGUGGGAACUUCAACGGAGGUUCAAAGCAAGAAAGAAAGGAGGAGUCUGAACAAGGCAGGCAAGAAGGCUAAGGCCAGCCCCAAAGCCAAAUAA